AUUGUAAUGUAACAAUAAAGACAGACAACAUUGUGAUGAGUUAACUAAAUAAUAACAUUCCAAACAAUAUCGAGACUAAAUUUGCAAGUUUGAAUUUUAACAUUAGUGGCGAUCUUCACUCUAAAUUACCCAUUUAGAAACAUCAGAAGUACAACAUGGGAAUUUUACCAUCGAAGGACGGAGUGAAGUUGCCUACUCUCAGCUUAUUUAUGAACGAGAAACCACUAAACGAUAGAAUAAGAAAGCAGAAAUGUCAAACCAGAUCUUAUCUAUCGCAUAAAAUCUAUAAAACAGAGUCUCGUUAUUUAGAAAACAAAGACAAUUGGAAAUUAACACAAGUUAUAGAUGCAAAUUUUUACUUUAAACCAAAUUCCGAAUCACGUCCUAGUUUCCAUUCGAUGAAAAGCAGUUCCGAAUCGAUAUCGUACGUGACGUGUCGACAAACGGACGUACCCAACGGAAGAGGAAGGCACGUUUCUUUACCUUACGAUAAAAUGAAAUACCAUCCGAAAAUAAAGCGUUACGUUCGAGAAAUUAGAGUAACCGAAUCGCAGGACGAAGUAAUCAUGCCGGAAGUUCGAAUAUCCGAACACUCGACUGCCUUAGAGAAUGAUACGAGUGCACUCGAAAGCUGUAAUCGAACGCGAGAGAGCGAUUCCGAUGCGUACAGAAUCGAAGCCGAGUUCAAGAAGAGGAGGAAACCGAAAACGUACGACGAUUCGUCUACUUACGAAGCAAUGGUGAAGGAAGAAACAAACGAUAAAGGUGGAAGAAACGUGUAUGUUACAAUAUCAGAAGAGAAAAUUAUGCCCGUUAUAUAAUUUAUGCACAAUAAAAAUCGAUUUUAUAGAAUUUCGAAUAAUAAAAAUUCGUAUUGAAGAUAAUAUAAUUAGUACAAAAAGUCUACCUUGUAACAUUGAUUAGUGUUUAGUAAUAAGAGGAAGUGUUGUAGAACACGUUUAAUACACUAGAAAAGGGAUCGAUAUUGUUUAUUUUUAAUAAUUUUGCGCUGUAUCGACUAAAAAAAAUUAAAUUUAUCAGCACUCCUGAAAAUCCGAGUGUAGAUAACAGUGUAAUCAACGUGCGAAUCAGCUUUGUUUUACACACACAAAACGGUGUUUGCCGUUAUGACGUCAAACAUUUGCACAGUUGAUUUUCGUGUUUAAUAGUCGUUAAAGAGGUAUGUCUUGAUUCGAUAUGGAUGACGAACGAUAUAGAAACAGUGGAGAAAUCGUCAGGAGUGUUUUACGUCAGGUUGAUUUGAAUACAUCAAACGUUCCUUAUAAUCAAAGAUUUCAGGAUGUGCAUUCGAUCGGACGUUUCGAAUGUAUUUUGUGUAAUCGCAAGUGGAAAUCCAGAUAUUCGUGGAUCACUGUCGAUUUGUAUAACGCUUGCAUACAUAAAUGGUGGUUAAUGAAGUGCAAAAUAUGCUUGCAUAUUCGUAAACCCUGGUUUGAUCCUGCAUCAUUAGAAAAAAUGGUGGAGAUAGCAGCUAACAGAUUUAUAAAAUUGAAAAAUGAUGGCGGUGACGACUUCGAUGACAAGAGCAGUAUAAUCAAUCCAAACUGGGGAAGAGGACCACACAUUAAUAUCCUGUGCGAAAAGUGUGGAUGGGGGGCAAGAUGCUGCUGGAGGAGAUAAAAAAACAAGUUAAUUAAAUAAAAUAAAUGUGCUAUUUAUUUAAUUAGAAAUUCGCUCUGAAUAAUAGUAAAGUUAUUUUAUAUGUAAACAUUGAAAAACUUGUGAUUUAAGGAUCACAAGAGGGAUAAGUCUGGAAUGUGCCCACGUUGAUUGAAACCAAUCAAUUCAUCGAUCAAGUACUAUGAAUAUUGUCAUACAAUACACCAUUUUGUCCAUUAUGAUAUCAAUAAACAUCAUCUUUAUAUAAACGACAAAGGAAAAUCAAUAUUUCCUUUCGUAAUUUCAUUAUAUUGAUUUUUCUACAACAAAAUAGAAGUUUAUUUUUAUAUGAUACAGUAGAAACCUGUGUAAACCGGAACUACGUGAUACCGAUUUGACAGGCAUCCGUUUUGAACACGUUUUAUUAUUAUUAUUUUUUAAUCCUUGUGGGAAAUCCUAUUUGCAUUACAGUAGAAAAGAUCAUUGGCUUGACAUUUUGGCAACUUUGAAUUACCUUAUUCACAAUGAGGAGGAGAUAAUACAGGACUGUACGUUUUCACGAAUUGUAUUAGGUGCUUGUUGUGCUCCUCGUUAAUUCUAAUAAUAAUAGUAAACAGGUUUUACUGCAUUAAUUUUAUGCAUUAACUAAGUUAAUGUUAAAUUAACUAAGAUAUAGAUAAAUUUAUUACUGUGUACUGUACAUAUUUUCUGCACGUUACAAAAAUGUGUGUUAAAAAAUCAUGGUUUUAUACAAAAAAAAGAACUAUAUUAAUUAAUAUAGGAAGUCAAUCAUGUAAAUGUUGAAUUUCAGUCUAGAGUUAUGUAAUUUUUAAAAUUUAACUUAAAAGUAGUUAGUUAUCAUUUAUGCUAAGCUAUAUACCUUUAUGCCAAAUUUUAUAAUUUAUUUUAAAAAAUUAGCUUAAUGCUAGCCUGAAAAAUAAUUCAGUAAUUAGUUAUGUUUGGCUGUCAAAGCUAGAAUAUGAUAGAGAAGUCAUACAGGGUAUCAAAUGCUAAAAUCUUUAUAACAAUAGCUAUUGUUAAAUUGAUGCAAAGAACAGAAAUAGCUUUUAUAUAACUAUACAAUGCAUUAUUUCAUCAGUAAAUAUUUUAUACAAAUAAAUGAUUUCUCUAUCAAAAUCAUCUAUAAUUUAAUAGUAUUGAUUUUUCUAUGCCGAAACAAAUUUUUAAAUAUACAUUAAUCAACGAUUUGUUAAUAGUUUUCUGUGUUCAAAAAUUAAUAAAGUUUUGAAACAGUUGAACAUUGACUUCAACACAUUUCUAACUUCAAAAAAGAUUAAUUUUUCUUGAAUUUAGUACAAAAAUUAAGUAAAUAUAGUACAUAAAAUGAGAAAAAAAACACUAAGUUACAGAAGACUUAUAUUUAUUCAGAUAAUAGGAAGUUAUAAUACUGUAAUAUACCAUUUAUGUAACACAUUACCAUUAUAAGAUGACUUUAAAAAUGUUUUAGGAAUUAAUUUGAAAUGUUUUCUGUUUGUUAUAAAAGCAUUCUUCAUUCAAUUUGGUCAAGGAUUGCUAUUUUUGAUGAUGAUGAUGAGUGUGUUAUGAUCAAUGGAAACGGAAUUUUAAUUUUUAAAUAGAAAUUUAUUUAAUAAAACAUAUGAAAAUGAUACAAGUUUACAUU